AUGGCCUUGGUGAAACAUCCAUGCAACAUAGCUCUCGACCUCCUCACACCAUUCCCAUUCGACUUCCCUGUCCAUGACGAGAUUCUUGGAAUGAAUGGCGCGCAGAGAAGGGUCGAAGAGACAGAUACCGUGACGUUAGUUUUCAGUAUCAUUCCGAAUGCAUCAGCACUUCGUAACUGCAACGGCCACCUACGUCUCUUCGACUAUUCCCAAAAACCCCGUCCUCGACCGUGCACUCAGCACCAAUUACUUCCGUCUCCGUCUGCCGUCGUGCCGUCCUCGUCAUCAGACUCUGAAUUUCGUGUUCCAACAAGUUCUGACCCUCUAUCCUCCAUAUCUACUAGUACUGCUACAUCUGGUUCGCCCCUCCUCACCUCUCCGUGGAACAGCCUCAUUGGUCUCAAUACCCGAAAUCGCACACCGCAUGCGUAUCGAAAGUAUGGAACGAACCUGGGACGUCGAGAUUAG